GUCUGUCUUUGCGCAUCACAAGCUUGCAAGCAUCUCUGAAACUGAGCCGUGAUGGAAGGCGCAGUCGACACAAAAAGGGAAUAAAAAGAUGUAACGUCAAGUAAAGUUAUUCCAGAUGCCAUGAUGUAACAUAUUUUAACGGUGCAUGCAGAGGUGUUUCGCGACUUUUCAACGGUACUCAUCCUAAUUAUCUGCUACUGCCCCUGAGCCUUAUGGGGUCACGGACGGAACCGAUUGUCCACGGCACGCGCGCAGUCGUCGGACUGUGAUCCUCACGGGCGGCGAGAGGCCCGUGAGACGCGUGAAAAGCAAAAAAAAAAUAAAAGUUUGGCCGUGGAGAGGAAAAGCAAACAGACAAGAGUUAAAGGGACAGGAAAUACACUGGUCGACGCGCACACUUGCUAACGCGCACACAGCUGGAGAGGUCGAUCGACAGAGCGCGCAGCGAAAGACUGGCGAGGAUACAAAUGCACGCCGGCACAACUUACUCCAGGCCACCUGGAUGAAAAUGACUAGGCCAGAUAUGUAAUCGUGUUUUUUUUCACACAUAGGAAAAUCGUUAUCGUUAAACAAAAGUGGGUUCCUCAUCUCCGCCAAGACCUAAUGUGUCCACGUCGGCGCACUCCAUCACUUUGUAUUGUCCUUACUAGAUAGUGAGGGUGAGGUCUACUUUUAGUUUACACGUUUACGCACUUCUUUGCACACAUCUACCUCAAAAAACCCAAGAUGGAGGAAAACAGCGACUCAGCACGAAGCGAGUGCAACUCCCCGGACGGGGAGAACAGCCACCUCAGCGUGCUGAAUUGGGAGCAAGUGCAGCGGCUCGAUACCAUCCUGACAGAGUCCAUCCCCAUCCACGGCCGGUGGAACUUCCCGACGCUCGAGAUGAAACCGAGGGACAUAGUCAAAGCCGUCCGCAGCCGCAUGGAAGAACGCAAGAUCCCCGUCCAAGAAGUGCGGCUGAACGGUUCGGCCGCUAGCCACGUACUGCAUGAGGACAGCGGCUUGGGUUACAAGGACCUCGACCUCAUCUUCUGCGCGAAUCUCAAAGAGGAAGCAGAAUUUCAGACCGUGAAGAAUAUUGUUUUGGAUUGUCUACUGGACUUUUUACCCGAGGGUGUAAACAAGGACAAGAUAACACCCGUUACCUUGAAGGAGGCCUAUGUGCAGAAGAUGGUGAAAGUGUGCACGGACUCGGACCGCUGGAGCUUGAUCUCGCUGUCCAACAACCGGGGCAAGAACGUGGAGCUCAAGUUUGUGAGCUCGCUGCGGCGGCAGUUCGAGUUCAGCGUGGACUCCUUCCAGAUCCGCCUGGACUCCCUGCUGCUGUUCUACGAGUGCUCGGAGAACCCCAUGGCGCAGACGUUCCACCCGACCAUCGUGGGCGAGAGCGUGUACGGCCCGUUCGUCCAGGCGCUGGAGCACCUGCGGCGGCGGCUCAUCUGCACGCGGCGGCCCGAGGAGAUCCGUGGCGGCGGCCUGCUCAAGUACUGCCAUCUGCUGGCGCGGGGCUUCCGCGCGGCCUCGCCGGACGCCAUGCGCAGCCUGGAGCGCUACAUGUGCUCGCGCUUCUUCAUCGACUUCCCGGACGUGGGCGAGCAGCGGCGCAAGCUGGAGUCCUACCUGCAGAGCCACUUCGUGGGCCGCGAGGAGGGCAAGUACCAGUACCUGAGCACGCUGCACGAGGUGGUCGGCCAGAGCACCGUGUGCCUCAUGGGCCACGAGCGACGGCAGGCGCUGGAGCUGAUCGCCGCGCUGGCCGUGCGGGCGCUCGCCGAGCAGAACGCGCUGCCCAGCGCCUCCAAUGUCACCUGCUACUACCAGCCGGCGCCCUACGUGGCCGACGCCAACUUCAGCAACUACUACGUGGCGCAGGUGCAGACGGUCUAUGUGGCGCACUACCCGCCGCCACACGCCACACACUGGCUGCCCUGCAACUGAGAAAGGGGGGGAUGCACGGUGUGUGUGUGUGUGUGUGUGUGUGUGUGUGUGUGCAUAAGUCCAAGUGUGUAUGUGUGCUAGCAUGUGUGCGUUAGCGUGUGUGGGUUUGACUUCCAUAGAUAGCGAGAGCAUCAAGAGAGAAAGAGAGAGAGAGCAGUCAGACAGACAGACAGACAGAGAGGAGCACAAGUUGUUGACUUUGCAGUCACUAUUUGACUAAAUGGGAAUGCGUUGGAGAGAUGCAUAGAUAAAACAAGCUGAGAGCAAGAUACUGGGUGCUCUCUCUCUCUCUCUCUCUCUCAUUCUCUCUCUCUUUCAAGACUGAGGAGAAGUGUAAAACUAGUGUUUUAUUAGUAAUGACAGCUUGUGUUCUUGGACUUGCUCACAUGCACUCUUGGUAGUGCAAAUGCACACACGCACACACACACACGCACGCACGCACACACACACACACACACACACACACACACACACACACACACACACACACACUGCUGUGCUGCAUUGCUGCACUGGGAGUUCAGAAAGAGGAAGCAGAUUAAUUUGCAAAAAUGCAGUCGAGCAUUUUUCUUUUUAUUUCUCCUGUGUGCAUCCUGGGAGAAAGGAGAAGUGGGACUUGUCCAAGAAUGCAUCCAAUCGAAUUACUACAAAGAGGGGAAAAAAGGACAAUCUCGACAGCGAUUGCAAAACCAAAGAGACAUUGACAGCAAUGAUGUGAGUGUGUCAUUAGGCCUGCAAGUGCCUUACUAUGCCUAGAAAAAGGCUACGCAAACAACAAUGCAAUGCAGAGUUCUUUUUGAAAACAAACAAACCUACUUCUAAAGUGUUGUGUGUGAGAGUGAGUGUAAAUAGACACAGAGAUGAACAGAGAAGAGAGAGAGAGAGAGAAUGCCGUGGUGUUGGGCUUGUUGCGAAUCUGAGACAGAGAGAGAGAGAAAGAGAGAGAGAGAGAGAGAGAGAGAGAGAGAGAAUGCAGGCAGAGAAUGUCUGGCUUGUGGCAAUCCUAUUUUACCCAGAGUUCUUAGUGUCAAGGGAUAAGUGCAUAAUUCGGACAGGAAGUAGAGAGCCGGUUAUGGGCUCCUGCCACACACGUCUUGAGGACAAAAGGUCACAAGAAGCCAAGCUGACUUGGAGAAAAGUUGGUCAGGGGAGAGGUGUGUGGUAUUUGGGCAUGGGCCGGGAUGACCGUGUGUGAUAGGUCUAAUCUAGCAUAUCUGGAAGAGAGAGAGAGAGAGAGAGAGAGAGAUAGAGAGAGAGAGAGAAUCAAACAAUGAGGGAGAAAGAGAGGGUCGAGGGAAGGAAGGCCAAGACUCAGAGGACAGGACUGAGGAGGCGUUACUUAGACCUAAGCACACACACACACACACACACACACACACAUGCUUAGACACACACACACAGGGCAGGAGGGUCUAGAGUGGGUUCAUAGCAGGGAGGAUCCAUGAAACUUUAGUAGGCCCCAGACAGACACAGACACACACACACACACACACACAAAUUAGAAGGUUCAAGGAUGGAGGGUGGGUGUGAGGCCAAGGAGGAUAAGAAAAACACAGAGGACUUUGAAGAUCCAAGCUUCACUAGAACCCAGAGGCUAAUCGGUGGCCCUCGGAUAAACAAUGAGCCCCCUCGGCUCUCCUGAAAAUAGCUGACUCCAGAUCAGUGGGAGACCCAGCGCUUGCUCGCUGCAGCGUGUUGUGUCGUGUCGUGUGUGUGUGUGUGUCGUACACAGCUGUCUCAGCAGGUCUGAGACCAGUGAGAGCCCCUCUAACCCCGCUUGUCCUCUAGGCUACAGCUUAGCCAGGAUUACCGUGUUGGAGGAGACACUGUCAUACCUGAAGGAGAAGCAGAACGAGGGAGCUCAAAGAAGGAAGGAGGGAGGGAGGGAGGGGAGAGGAAUGAAAGUGAGAACUAGAGAAGAGAUGGUGAGGAACACAAGGCUAAUCAGACCCUCCAUAGUGGUAGUUCAUUCAAGGACAUAGCAGUUAGCGCAGACGCUAGCUAGCUUCUCUCUCUCUCUCUGCUUUGCCUCAGGAGGUUCUAGAAGGGAUAUGUUAACAUUUUCUCACAAUCUCUCACUCUCAGCAAGACCCUGCUCGUUUCGUACACACAAUCUGACCCUGGGUUCAUAUCCUGUCAUAGGAAGUUGAGUGGGAAAUGCAGACAGACAUGGCCAUCUCUUCUCUUCUCUUCUCGGCUCAUCUCUUCCCUGCUCUGUUCGUAAAGCACAUGAGAUUGUACCGGUACCUGCACACCCAUUGACUGAUAUGCACUCUAAUAUGCAUACUGGACAUACACUUACCAAUGUUCACACCAGCUUUGUUUUUUUUUUUUAUUCAUUAAUAUUGUCAUAUUUCAUUAACAGUGUCCUCUACAAUACUCUUGACUAAUCACACACAUUCAUUCACACAGACACACACACAUAGAGACACACAGUACACACACACACACACACACACACACGCAUACAGUACACACACACACACACACACACACACAUAUAUACAUAACCCCACACACACACACACAAUUUUCUGUUGGAAACCUAUCGGUCAUAUCACUUAUUUUUCUAUCAAUCAAUAACUUUAUUUUUGUAUACCUUCAUUUCAGUGUUGAGUCAGUGGUGUAACGUGUCAUAGAAUUUCUGUUCGUUUGGCCGUGUGUGUGUGUUGCGAGUGACUAAGAGAGUUUUCCAUGGAGAUGACAAAGACCUUUUCAUGGUCUCACAAUCUUUCUGUCUAUGCCAGGUAUCGGGGUUUUUUUUGGGGGGUUCUGAUUAAACUUUUGCUCUGUUUGUUUUUGAAUAUGGUCCGACGUUUAUUCCUGUUGCUUAUGAGGACAUAAGCAGUUUGUCCUGCAAAGUGUCAUGUACUUCAACAAAUGAAACAACUUGUGUGAAAAAUAAAACAAACCA